AUGAAGUUGAAUUUGCAACAACGAGUUAGUAUUAAAUUUUGCGUUAAAAAUGGAUUCAAUGGUACGAAAUCCUUGGAAAUAUUGGGAAAUUGUUUCGACAAUGAUAUUCUAAAGAAAACAACCGUUUACGACUGGUAUAAACGCUUCAAAAGUGAUCGUGGGUCCAUCAAGGAUGACGAACGUAGUGGAAGACCGUCGACAUCGAAAACCGACAAAAACAUUAAUAAAGUAAGAGAAAUGUUAAUCAAUAACUGCAGAUUAAGAAAACUGGCAGAGGACUUAAACAUUGCGUAUGGAUCUGUGCAGGACAUUAUGAUUAGUGAUUUGGGCUUACACCGUGUUGCUGCAAAGUUGGUUCCGAAGGACCUGAAUUUCAUGCAAAAAAGGACCGCGUUGACAUUGCCAAUGACAUGA